UUUUUUUGUUUCAACUGUGGUUUCUUUGCAAAAGUGACUUGCGCAUUUCUUGCUCAUCAGAAAUGGAGAAAUUAUCGAGAAAGAAGUUAUCUUCCCCACCAAUUUGAGCAUGGAUAAAUCGGAAAAUUGUCAUCCUUCCAUGGAGGGUCACUUGAAAUUACGCUUACAGUCCUUUUAAAAUCCAUGUAUUUGCAAAAAAUAUGUAAAAAUCAGUCGUGACUCGUUGUGAGUGAUAAAAUGAAAAUAGUUGUACCAGUGAAUAGUGAUCAUAAAUAGAGAUUGGAUGUCAGUAUACUAUUUAUAGUACGUAUAUACAUGUUUGCAUAAAAUGGAUAAAAUGUUUUUCUUCUUUGGAACCUUACAUGCUAAACCAUACAGACCCGUCUCCCAGACUGCCAUUGAUGCUGUAAGUUCAGAAGCACUUCUGAGAUCACCAACCCGAGUUAAACCUUCUAACUUCCGUAGACUUCCAUCCAGACCAUCUGGCCUCCUCAGAUGGUUCAGAACAAAAAUAUCAAAUGAAAAGGGGGAUCUUAGUUCUGGGGCAGAAAAAGCUGAUAACGCAUCUCUCAUUGAAACUGAUUUCAACGAUAUUGAAGCAACAGUGGUUCUCUCAGUACCUAAAAGAGUGGGGCCUCCAAGAAACCGUCGACCUCCGGCCAGAGCAGCAAGACCUCUCAGAGGUCAGGAAACAGGAGAACUUGUUCAGGAAACAGGAGAGUGCAAACAAAAAACAGGAGAGAGUGCUCAAAAAACAGGAGCAGAAGAUAGUGUUCCCGAAAAAUCCAACAUUAAAGCAGAAAAUAGAAGCAAAGGAACUGCGAUGUUAAACAUACUAGAGAAAAAGAUUAACAGGAAAAAACGAGAAUUAAAGGAAGGAGAAGAGCCCAAAGUAAAGCUUCUCACCAAACGGAAAAAAUUACCCAAAAAAAUCUGUGAAAACUUAUCAGAUCUGAAUCCUGUGACUGAAUCCUUGGUAUAUUUUCUUGGACAUCAAGACGAACUUGAGGAUCAUCAGAAUCAGCUAUUGAGAAAACAGAUUCGACAAUCAGACUCUCGAUUAAGUCGAGAGAUCGCUCAACAACAGAUCAAAGAUAUUUUAAGUUAUGCAGAAGGUGAUUCACCUCCUCCUCCUCUACCUGAGAAGCCGAAAAGAAUGAAAUUAUCUGAAUUAUCCAGUCGGGAAAAUUCUACUGGAGGGAUUUCUCUUUCUUCUCACAGUAAAGGAAAUCAGUUUAGUGUAAGUUUUGACGAAAUCAAACAAAAAAAAGAAAGGUUGAAAAAGAUUAAUACAAUUUCAUUUGAAAGGGAUCCUUCCCCUACUCCAGUAGAUGAAGAGUCCCAGGAUGAAUCCAGAUCACUUUCUGGAUCAGAAUCCAAUACAAUGCCAGCUUCAACUGAUCAUAGAGGAUCAUCUGAAUCAGUAAUAUCAACUGAGCUAGUAUCAUCAACUGAGCCAGGAGAAUUAACUGAGCCAGAAGUAUCCACUGAGCUAGGAGUAUCAAAUGAAUCAGAAACAUCAACUGAAUCAGUCGGAUUAACUGAACCAGUCACAUCAACUGAACCAGAAGUAUCUUUUGAACCAAGAGCUUCAACAGAACAUAGAGCAUCAUCUGCAUCAGAAAUAUCAACUGAAUCAGUAAUUUCAUCUAAAUCAAUAAUAUCUACUGAAGCAGUCAGAUCAACUAAUUCAGGAGUAUCAAGUGAAUCAGGAGAAUCUACUUUAGCAGGAUUAUCUUCUGAAAAAGAAUUCAUCCCUGUUUUUAAUCAAGAGAAAAAUGUCAAGGUUUGGGAAGGAAAUGAUGAACAUUUUGCAAACCAGCAGAAAAAUAAACAAGAAGAUGAAAUUGAACUAAUAAGUUACUUCAACUCAGCUCAUUUCUCAGAAAAAUUGGAUAGCGAGAUGAACAUUGAUGACAUCUUGUCAAUGAUUCCAACUUUAGAAUCAUUUGAAAAUAUUGAUCCUGUGGAUCUUCCUGCCCCGGAUCAUAUUGAUCAACUGGAUCCAACUGCAUCGGAUCAUAUUGAUGAUCAACUUUUGGAGACUGAACAAAAAUCAUCAGGUGUGGAUCUGUCUGAAGGAGAUGAAAUAUUGACCAAUCAGAACACCGAAGGAGAUGAAACAUUGACCAAUCAAAACACUUUCUAUAAUGAAAGACUUGAUCUCAACGUGGCACAAGAGGUUGUUCAACUUUUUGAUUGUAUCCACGGGUUUGAAACCAGUGACAUAACCGAACUAAAUGAGACAAAUGACAACUCAGAGAGAAGGCAAUCGUCUGUUUCCAGGAAACAGAUCGACUUUGAAUUCCAGCUUGGGAAGGAGCCUGAAGUAGAUUUCACAGAAGAUUGUUCUUAGCAGCAAAUAAAAGGCGUUUGUGUUUAUCUAAUCUUACUUUAAUUUUUCUUUACUCUGUAUUUUUACAUGUAAUAUUGCUAGGUGUUGUGUAACUUGUAACUUAGGCUAAGCACGUCAAGAAUUUUUUCAAUCCCUUAAAAUAGCUUCUUUUUUAAAAUUUCUGUUGACCGUUUAAUCUUUAGCUAAUAAUGGAACGUUCCAUUUGUUCCUUUUUUAUAAACCGUUAACUUUUUUCAAGACGCCUGUUUCCGUUCGUUAACGGUUUUUGCCGUUUUUUUUAAAAAACUUGGUGUUUGAUUAGGGAACAUUGCCCAACCCUACUUGUAAUUAACUAGUAAAUUACUGUUAAAUAUAGCUUACUCGUUUUUGUAAAGAUAUGUUAGCUAGUUCAAUUAAGAAGGCAAAAUUAGCAGCCUUCAGGAUUAAAAUCUUUCCAUGCAAUUUCAAAGUUUACAAAAUAUUUAUUGAUAUGGAAAUAUAAUUUUAUUUGAAAUAAGGAA